UCAGACACCCGCGGCGAGCGGCACCGGGAGGAAAGGGCAGCGGGGAGCCACGCAACGGGGACCCCCAGGCCGGGGUGCCGGGUGGGCUCUGCCUCCCACUCCCCUUCCGCGCUCGGGGCAUCGGGCUCACAGCCUGUACAGGGAGGACACGGAGCUUGACUGCUGGAGAAUGGCAGCAGGAUUUAACUAGGAAGGCACGGAAAACUGGGAGAGAACUCACGGGAGCUGAGCGAACUGCGUGAGACGAGAGCGGCUUCUCAGCACCGCUGCCUGGCCUGUGAAGCAACAUGAGUCACAAGGGAUCCCUCAACAGCAACCCUGGCUCAACAAAUGGCAGCAUGGGCAAAGCCGAGGGAGCCUCCAAGCUGAGUGCAAAGGACCUGUACGAACAAAGAAAAAAAUACUCCAACUCCAACAUCAUUAUGCACGAGACUUCCCAGUACCACGUCCAGCACUUGGCCACCUUCAUCAUGGACAAGAGCGAGUCCAUCACAACAGUGGAUGACGCGAUCCGGAAACUCAUCCUGCUCAAUUCCAAAGAGAAGAUCUGGACACAGGAGAUGCUGCUGCAAGUGAACGACAAGUCCAUCCGGCUGCUGGACUGUGAGACACAGGAGGAGCUGGAGGACUUUCCCCUGCCGACAGUGCAGCACUGCCAGACAGUGCUCAAUCAGAUGCGCUAUUCCUCCAUCCUCCUGCUCGUGUGUCAGGAUUCUGAGCAGCACAAACCUGACAUCCACUUCUUCAACUGUGACGAGGUGGAGGCGGAGAUGGUUCAUGAGGACAUAGAGAGUGCCCUGGCAGACCACAAGCAUGGGAAGAAGAUACGGCCACAGACACUCAAGGCAAACCAGGAAAAGAUCAAGCAGAGACAAUCCAUCCUCCCCCCACCUCAAGGACCAGCUCCCAUCCCGAUCCAGCAUGACAUGCGAGGCUCAGCAAUGAACAGGAAUAGGGUGGCACCUCCUUCCCAGCAUGAUCCAGACUAUGAACGACGAAGCUCUGGCUCUCAUGACCAUGAGGAAUCCCGUGCCAUGUUAGCACAGAAGAUUGAAAAGGAAACGCAAAUCCUGAACUGCACCCUGGAUGACAUUGAAGUGUUUGUCGCCCGGCUCCAGAAGGCUGCAGAGGCAUUCCGACAGCUCAACCAAAGGAAGAAAGGGAAGAAGAACAAGAAGAAAGGGCCAGCAGAGGGAAUGCUGACCCUCCGAGCAAGACCCCCGAGCGAGGCUGAGUUCAUAGACUGCUUCCAGAAAACCAAACUGGCCUUUAACCUCUUGGCCAAACUGAGGAAGCACAUCCAGAACCCCAGCGCUUCAGAGUUGGUGCAUUUCCUAUUUGGGCCACUGGAACUGAUCAUCAAUAGCUGUGGUGGCCCCGAGCUGGCCCGGUCUGUCCUCAGCCCACUGCUUUCUAAAGAUGCCACCGAUUUCCUGAGAGGACACCUGACACCCAAAGAGAUAAACCUCUGGGAUUCCCUGGGGGAAACAUGGACCAGAUCCAGAGCUGACUGGCCCCGAGAUGCGAACAUCCCCACCUACAUCCCCAAAUUCCGCAAUGGCUGGGAACCACCCACAGAAAUCUUCCGUGGAGCUCCCUGGGAAAUAGACAUCGGACACUUGCAAGAGGAGCUCUCCUCAGCCAAUGGAUAUCCUUACCGGAACUCCUCACUCAAGCGGGGCCAGACGGCUGAGCAGACACAGCCUGGGGAUGCCUUCAAACAGAAUGUUACUCCACAUGGAAACAGGAAUUUUGAGGCCCAGGGAAUGGCUGUGCCCAGGAGAUUUGCCAAAAUCCGCUACGAUUUCACUGCGCGAAACGCCAACGAGCUCUCGGUGCUGAAGGAUGAAAUCCUGGAGGUGUUGGAAGACAAUAAGCAAUGGUGGAAGUUGCUCAACCGGAGCGGGCAGGCCGGUUACGUCCCAUACAAUAUCCUGGAUGUGGUGAAACUGGAAGAGCUUGAACAGUCUAACCAGAGGUACAAAGGAGACCUGAGCCCCAGGGGCUAUGGCCCAUCCAGUCCAACUCACAAGAUGCCUGCCAGCUACGCCGGGGAUAAGUGGGGCAGUGAGAUGUUAUCCCGCAACUCUCCACAGGACGCCAAAGAACAACUUAUUCACCAAAUGGAUGAGCUGAAUGACGAACUGCUUAAGAAGAUCACAAACAAUAAAAUUCAGCCUCCCCACAGGAAUUUCAAAGUGGAAAAGCCUCAGCAAGUUUUUGUGCCCCUCACCUUUGAAUCCAGCACUGAAGAAGUCAAAGCCUGGCUGGAGGCCAAGUCAUUCAGCAAAGAGACCGUGGAGCACCUGGGCAUCCUCACCGGAGCUCAGCUCUUCUCCCUCAACAGAGAGGAGCUGAAGAAGGUGUGUGGUGAUGAGGGAAACAGAGUGUACAGCAAGAUCACGGUGGAGAAGAACCAGCUGGAGAAAAGCAGAGGGGAGUCAGAGCUCCAAGAAAUCAUGAAGCGCCGCCAGGAAAGGAUUGAUUCUGCUAAUUAAAGUCUCUCUGCUUUAUUUCAGCUCUUAGCCCUAAGUAGUGCAGGAAAAAGGGAAUGAAAGCGAUGAUUCCCGGCCCAGGCCGGAGGCAGCAGAGCUCCCCUUGGGGUCCAGCUGCCACCAGAGUGACAAUUCCUUGAACACUGUUGGGAAGGGUUGACAAUAAGACCAUAUCCCACUGGGAAAGGUGUUUUAAUUUUGCAUGAAGUAUUUUUUUUAUAACUAUAUAUUUUAUACCGGAAUUUUCCGUGCGUG